AUGGAGACGUCAAUGUACUCCGGUGAUGGUCCGGAUCGUCUCCCCCUUAAUCGCUGGUUUCGCGAGGUGGAUAUUGCAAUAGCGUCAAGAUUAAUUGACGCUCCGACGACCAAAGUCAAUUUCCUGUUGUCUCGUCUUGCUGGCAAAGCCAAGGAAUGGGCUCUCGGGAAGCUCGUCGUAUAUAAGUCGGCGUUCCCCACGCUAGACGAUAUCCAGCGUGACUUACAACUGGAUUUCGAGUCUUCUCAAGAUGAAUCUCGCUUGCGUGCAGAUUUCUUCUCACUCCGACAGGGCAAGCUGUCAAUGCGUGACUACGUGCAGAAGACACGUCAUAUUGCUUCGUGCAUUACCACGCAGCCAAUUGACAUGGCUUCACAAGUCCAUGUCUUUAUUUUUAGUAUGCAAGAGGGCAUGACGAGCUACUCCCUCACGCGUGCUGAACUAAAGUCCCUUGAGGAGGCAUUUGCCCUCGCGCUUCGUGAGGAUUACACUGUCGCGUCGUCGUACUGCACGCAGCGUCACAACAUCCCCGGACGUCUGGCCCAGAGCCAGUGGAAAUAG